AUUUGAAACUGGCGCCUUUACCCACUCUUACCUGACCUUCUUUAAAAAAGAAAAAAAGAAAAAGCAAAACACAACUUUUGUUUUUCUCCAUUUUUUCCUCUCCAUGUCCUCAUUUUCUAACUUUCACAACAUGCCGGCCCUGACCUGGUCUUAGGUAUUGGGAAUUGUGUGGUGUUAGAGGCGAAGAGGCUAGGCAAAUGGAAAACAAAUAGGAAGACCCUUAAUACUGGCUCUUUGGAUUUUCUUUACGGUGAAAAGGGUUGGGAUAGGUGAAUACUGGGCUGUGUCGCUGUUCUUUGAAAUUUGAAGGAGCUUUAGAGAUGGAGCUCACUUCCUUUUGUGGGGCUCCUGUUAACACUUUUGGGACCUUCCAAACACCAGAUUAGAGAGUAGGAAAAAAAGUGACCUCUGUCUCUGAGAAUUUAGCAGGUAGUUUAGUGCAGUGGUCUCAAAGGUAAGUGCGGGAAGAAUAGGUAUGUGGAAAAAGAAAUAAGGUAUAUUGAGCUGUCCAAAACAAUGAAAGAAAAGUACUCUUUCCUAGCAUAGACCCAGAUGCCUGUAACCCCUUGUAGAUGAUGACCCGCAGCAUCUAAGGAAAGUAAGGUGAAAAAUGAGGGGUCCACAGUGGGGCCUUGCUUAGUUUGUUUGCUUUCUUAAUAUUGUGACAUAGUUUAGGUGUUGGGGUUAAAUGGAUUAAUAGAUUCUAGUGUCUUCUUAGAAUCUUUAUAUUGUUUUGUAAAAGAUUGAAGGGUAUUCUUUGUAAUAUUUAUAACACAAAAGAGUUACUUUUUCACUUCUUCCCACCAUUAACCCUUUACACCACCCUCACAUGUUAUUUAAUGAAAAAGCUAGUGUAAGAUGAAUGAACCUUUUUUUCCUUUUACAAACAAUUCAUGCUCUGGAUUUGUUGUCAGUGGUAUGCUCCCAGGUGGAUAUUAUUUUUUAAAAAUUGAGUACACUCCAUUUGUCUGUAAGGUAAAGGGUGAUAUUUUUAACAGUAACUGAAAAACUGUUUGGAAAGAAGCUCUAACACAGGUGUUUUGGAAGUGGACAGGGAAAUGUUUGCAUCAUUGUGUGUGUGUAUGUUUUGGUAUUGUUGCUGAAAAUUGCAUAAUUGUAUCACACAUAAAAAAUGUCCUGUAUACUUAAAACCUUUGGAAGCUCCAUAUUCUAACAUGUUCUUCGAAUGAAGAGUUUCAGUAGCCUUUGAACUUAUUCAAAAUCUAAUGUAGCACUUUCCAGUUAGUACCUUAUAGAAACAGCUGUUUGACAUAAAGGAACAUAGAAAUUGUGUCAUUCCAACUUGUUGAAUAAUCACUGAAUUGGCAGUAUUAGGUUGCACUUUAAAUAGGUCAUAAUUAAAGUCUGUGUUAGCUUAGGAUAGGAUCUAACAAAUUUAAUGAGCUAAUAAUUACCAUAUUUUUAGAAAAUGCCUUGGGGAGGAAUGUGAAGUGUGAUAUUGGGAAGUAACUCAUCUGCUGGUACUAGGCUGAGAAAAUUAGGUCAGCAUAUCAAAUUAAGAAAGUUGAAAUUUAAAAUUACUCUGUUACAGAAAUAAUCUUACAUUUAGUUUAUCUUUGCAAGGUACUUUGAUCUGGUCACAUGGUAUUUAAAAUAUUUGGAGGCUGAAUGUUAUUACAUGGAACUUUGCCCUCCUUGUGAAGACUUCUAAUUUGUCAAGAGUAAAGGAGAAGCAAUGCAGAAAUCAGAGUGCCAUAGGGGCGUACAGAUGAGAAACAGACUGACAGAUAACUGUGAUCAAAGGACAUCAUCAAGUGCACAAGUAAAACAUGGGACUGCAGUUCAACAAAGCAAAUCUUCAUCAUCAACCAGUUCUCCAGAAUCUGCAAGAAAACUUCAUCCUCGGCCAAGUGAUAAACUGAACCCUAAAACAAUUAACCCGUUUGGUGAACAGUCACGAGCCCCUUCUGCCUUUGCAGCUAUUUACUCUAAGGGAGGUAUUCCUUGCAGGUUGGUCCAUGGUUCAGUAAAACACAGGUUACAGUGGGAAUGUCCUCCGGAAAAGCUUCCAUUCGAUCCUCUUCUUAUUACUUUAGCCGAGGGUCUGAGAGAGACUAAACAUCCGUACACCUUUGUGUCAAAGGAAGGUUUUAGAGAAUUACUUUUGGUCACAGGCGCUCCUGAGAAAGCUGUGCCUUUGCUUCCUAGACUGAUUCCUGUGCUGAAGGCAGCUCUGGUCCACGUGGAUGAUGAAGUGUUUGAAAGAGGAUUGAAUGCUCUGGUACAGCUAAGUGUCGUCGUUGGUCCUUCUCUAAACGACCAUCUGAAACAUCUGCUUACCAGUCUUUCUAAGAGAUUAAGGGACAAGAAAUUCAAAGAACCAAUCACCACUGCGUUACAGAAGCUAGAGCAGCAUGGCGGAGGUGGAAGCCUUAUCAUCAUCAAAUCUAAAAUUCCGACAUAUUGCUCCAUAUGCUGUUGAAGAAAGGAGCAUGAAUGACAGGUGUUAAACGCUGACCACGGAUAUCUGUAAAACCUGUUCAGAGUCACUUCAGCUUAUUCUUUCGUAAAUCACAGCCAUCCUUCAUUAUUACUGGCCUUGGAUGAGUAUAUACACAAGUCCACCGAAUCAUAGUACAAGUUAUUCAUCAAAAAGAAAGAAUGGUUAAUAAUGGAAAACUAUUAAAAAUGUUCCAUAAUACUACAAUCUUGUGGGGUUAAUUUUUUUCUUUUUUUUUUGUGAUUUGUGUGAACAGCAGUUACUGGGUUUACAGUGGAUAGGUUUGUAUGUAUUUUCUGGUGCCUUUUGUAUAUAACAUUUACACAGUCAGUUUGUACCUGUGUACUUACUUUUAGACAUUCUGCUAUUUCCUGGGUUUUAUAUCUGUUAAGUCUAUGGGAGUUUAAAAUAGUGGACAAAUAUUUGUGAAUUCACUGUUAAUUAUAUUGUUUGUAAGUAUGUAUUUUAUAAUGCAGAAUGCUUGGAAAAAAUUUCUUUCCAGAGUAUUCUACUUUAAGAAAAAGCUUUUUAAUGUGUAAAUUCUCUUUUAAGUAUGGUUGUUUAUUACAACUCAUUAAAAUUACCUAAAUUUAGGUGUUAAUUGUAUUUAAGUGAAUAUAUGUUUAUUUCAUAGUCUGAAAGUACUGGUAUUCAGUACAUGAAGAUAUUCAGAAAUUAAAAUCUUAAAACUCUUA